AUGAAUACUUUAUCCGAAACCGAUUCGGUAGUGAGCAAGUUUACUGACGUUAUAGUUAAUGUUUCGAGAAAUGUCGUAAAAAUUAGAAAUAGGCAAACACCAAAAAAGAAACGAAAACGCACAAUCCAAAAACAGAGAUGGUUUAACACGAGUUGUUACCUAUUAAAGAAGGAAUUAAAAAAAUUGGGUAGUUUACUCUCAAAAUACCCCAAUGAUCCCUUUUUAAGACAUAAGUUUUUUGCUACUAAAAAAGAUUAUAAGCGACUUACUAGACGGCUUAAACAAAAUUUCCAAAGCGAACUGUUAAAUAAGAUUGAACUAAUGGAGGAAAAUCAUCCGAAGGAGUUUUGGAAAUUG